AUGGGGACGUCCCUGCCUCCGCCGCAGGGCGCGUCCGGGCCCUCGGCCGACACGGCGGCCGCGGCUCCGGCAUUCCGCCGCGUUGGCUUUGACAUCCCGGUCGCCGGGGUGGCGGCUGUCGAGCAGCCCCCGGUGUCGAGCCCCACGUCGCCCUCCUCCGGGGGGGCCAGCCCGGCAAAGUCCCUCUUGAGUCGGAUCUUCAACCCGGCUGAUCUCGCGGCCGGCAGCAUGCCGCCGGGCCCGCCCUUCGCGGACGGCGGCGGCGGCGCCGGCGGCGGCGGUCGCCGGGCCAGCCUCCCCCCGCAGCAGCCAUACCCCUCGUCGAUGCAUCCGAGCGCCGAUUGCAGCAGCCUGCACUUGGCCCAGCCGCUGGUGAGCCAGCUCGGCGCGGCGGGGGCCCUCGCCACGGCCCCCACCACCGCCGGCAGCAGCCACGGCAGCCAUGGCACAGACAGCGGCGCCGGGCUGGCUUCCGGCGAGGGGUCCCUCCGCCAGCAGCCCAGCCCCAGCAGGCAAUCGGAGGAUUUCUUCCCGGUCGCCGGAUGGAAGGCUCCCCCCUCCGGGGCGGGCCCUCCUCGCAACAAGGCGGCCCUUGCUUCGGGUGCCCUGGCGGCGACUUCCGCGGGGGCUCACGCGAGCGAGCCCCCCCCGGUGGUGGCGCCGCCGACGCGCCUGUCCCGGCGGCAUUCGCUGUGGGGCACGCUCGGGUCGAUUGCCGGGCGCCCGGGCGCGGCAGCCGGCUCGAACGCCCCGGCGGACCCCUCGUUGCCGGAGCGGCAGCCCCCGACGCCGCUUCUGGGAUUUGAUGGUCUCCCGGAUCGCAGCCUGGUCGACCACCAGCAGCAUCCCGAGUCGCACGGGCCGCCGCAACAGGGCAAGCAGCAGGGCAAGCAGCAUCCCGCCGAGCAAAGCAUGGCUUCGGUGGCCGGGGGGGAGGUCGCCCUCACCGACGCGGCACCCGACUUGACGCCGGUCUCCUCGCCACGGGGUGUGCCCCCGGUGUUGCGGUCGCCGCGGUCGCCGCCGGCCUCCCCUCAGUCGGCCAGGAAGAUGGCGGCCGCCACGCCGGCCGUUGCCAUCAGCGGCCCGGCGUGCGUCCUCUUCGAUGGCGAGGGCUGCCAGCUGCUCUUUGCCGAGGUGCCGGCGCCGGCCGCGCCGGCACAGCGGCCGCCGCCCCCACCGGCCACGAUGGCCGUGGCGGACAUCAGCGUCCCAACUGCCCCCUCAUCUCCGAGCGUGGGCCCGGCCGCCGGCGCCCGGCGCGUGGUCACCCUGGACAAGACCGGUCGGGCGGUGCCGCCGACCGUGGUCCGGGUCCAAGACCCCGCCUCGGCCGGGGCCGGGAUGAAUGCCGGCGGCGGCGGCGGCGGCCUCAAUGCCUGGGCCGCGGCCCUCCGUCGCUCGCUGCUGUCCGUGACCCCGGUCGAGCGGGACCCCCCGCCGGGGGGGGCUGUACCUCCGUCGCCGCGGACGCCGGGCGGCGGAGCCGGCUCCACCACGGACCCGGCCCUGCUCAUCACCCCGCUGGCGCUGGGCCUCUGCCCGGAGGACGACCUGUACUUGGCCGGCGGGGGGCCGAUGGCGGCCGGCACGGCGGGCAGCGGCAUGGCCACGGCCGGCGAGUCGUCCCCCCUGUCGCCCCUCGGCUCGGUGCUGGACCGGCUGAAGCCCCUCUCCGGCCAUAUGCUGACCCAGCAGGGGGGGGCGGCGCCCCACGCCGGCGCCCUGGCCGGGACCCAGCGGUCGCCAUCCUCCCCUCCGCCCGAGGCGGAGAUGUCUUUCUUCUUCCCCCCGGCCGGGGCGGGGCCGAGCAGCAGCCGCGGCGGCACGGCCGCCACCGGCAUCGGGCCCGCCGCGCCUCCGGAGAGUUCGCCCUCCUGGUCGCGCAUGCUGGAGCAGAAUGCGUCCUUCAAGGAGCGCUCCGUCGGCUCGCUGGUGCCUGUCGACCGUGUCCCCUCCUUCGGCGAGGACCUGCCCCAGCAUUACCCCCACCUUCAGCAGCAGCAGCAGCAGCAGCCGCCGCCGCCGCCGCACCAAACGAGCGACCGACUGGCCAAAAAAAUGCUGCGCGGUCGGUUCAAUGACUUCUGA